AUGGUCCCAGAACUCACAGCUCCCUGGGAUCAAACGCAGAAGCUCUACCUCAGCACCCUAAAUUCAGCUCAGUCUCCGUCUUUAGAGACAGUCACUGCAGUCGAAGCUUCCAUGCAAAACGAAGCAAUAAUGGGGAUUGCUUUCAUAUAUCCCUCGGGCAAGGUCUCAAAGAUAGGAAAGUUUGAGGGAAUUACAGCAAAGAUCUCCAUUCCCGAGGAUUCCCAAGUUGUUGGCUUUUCCACUGAACGUAAAGAUGAAGAACUCAAAGCGAUUGAGUUCGAAGUGGAGCCUACAUCUAAGAAGAUAAGACUUUGCGUCGAAUCUCUGGAGAAUACCACAACUCCCGCUUAUCCGGAUAUCAAUCGGAGAGAUGUGCAGUGUAAAGCCGAAGCAUCCGCUGGCAAAGAGCAGAGACAUGUUCAGGGGAGGGAUUACAAUCGACCCCUUGGGUCAACCCUGGUCGGGUUGUAUGUAUCAUCCCUCGGGUUCUAUUUUUUUUGGGGCGGCGUAUGA